UGUGUGAGCAAGGGAGGGAGAGAGAGAGAGGCAGCUGGAGUCUCACACACAACUGUAGUCAGUCUUGGAAUCUGAGCGCUGCCAAGAGGCGAAUACAGAAGCCAGCGUCGUACUUCCAUGAGGAUGACAUGCUCUCAGACAAGCACAGGAGUCUGUUUUGUUAAGGGAAUCAAAGGAGGAUCAAAGGCGAUUCUACAAUGUCAGGGUUGCUGAUGUUGCCAUCUACAUCACUUUCAAUUCAGCACUGCCCUCCCUUCUUAGCUUAUUCAUAAGGAGUCGCUGUCGUCGUGCCGAUCGAUUGGCUGCAAUGAUAAUGAAUCACUUCCUCUGGCUGCUUCCACUGGUCUUUCCGCACCUGAGCUCUCCAGUCAUAUUGCUCGAGCGGAGUGAUGGGAAUCUCUUUCACUGGAACCAUCUGAUGAAAGGAGAUAAAUUGGUGCUGCACAGAUCCAAAAGAGACUGGAUGUGGAGGCAGUUCUUCCUGUCGGAGGAAUACACAGGAAGUAACUAUCAGUACGUCGGCAAGCUUCGCUCAGACAAAGACAGAGGGGAUGGAACUGCCAGAUACGUUCUCUCUGGGGAAGGAGCAGGCACAAUUUUUCGUAUCGAUGAGAAGUCUGGGGAUUUACAUGCUACACAGAGACUGGACAGAGAGGAAAAGUCCUCUUACACACUGCAGGCCCAAGCUUUCAACAAGAUCACCGGCCUCCCUCUGGAGCCUGCCACUGAAUUCAUUGUCAAGAUACAUGACAUCAAUGACAAUGAGCCCAAAUUUACCAAGGCUGUCUACACUGCCAGUGUACCUGAAAUGUCAGACGUCGGUACGUUUGUAAUAGAAGUCAAUGCCACUGAUGCAGAUGAUGCCACAUACGGGAACAGCGCCAAACUCGUCUACAGCAUUCUGCAAGGGCAGCCCUACUUCUCUGUGGAGCCCGAGACCGGAAUUGUCAGAAUAGCCCUUUCCAAUAUGGACCGAGAAGUGAGGAAGGAAUAUCAGGUGGUUAUACAAGCCAAAGAUAUGGCAGGACAGAUGGGUGGUCUGUCUGGAACCGCCAUGGUCAACGUCACCCUUACGGAUGUUAACGACAGUCCGCCACGUUUUGCUUACAGUUCUUACCACCUAAGCACUUAUGAGUCAGCAGAAAUUGGAUCAACUGUGGGCCGAAUCAAAGCCAACGAUGGUGAUGAGGGAGAAAAUGCUGAAAUGAAAUAUAAAAUUGUAGACGGAGAUGGCAAAGAUUAUCUCGAUAUAAUAACAGAUGAGAUAACCCAAGAAGGAGUUAUCGUUGUAAAAAAGAAAAUGGACUACGAAAGCAAGCGCAUUUACACAGUGAAAGUGGAGGUGACUAAUACACACCAGGACCCCAACUUCGCUGAUCUGGGCCCAUUCUUAGACACAGCCAUCGUCAAGGUCACGGCCAAGGACGUGGAUGAGCCUCCAGUCUUCAGCAGGCCUCAGUAUGUCUUUGAGGUCAAUGAAGACACACCAAAAGGAAUAGCAAUUGGAACUAUUUCAGCCUGGGACCCUGAUGCCACACAUUACCCAAUCCAAUAUGCAAUAGAUCAACACACAGACCCGGAGAGACUCUACCACAUCGACCCCAAGAAUGGAUCCAUCACAAUUCUUAAGUCUCUUGACAGGGAAGUGUCAAAGUGGCACAACAUCUCAGUCCUGGCCAGUGAAAUAAAUAACCCUCAUCAAAGAAGCCGUGUUCCUGUCUUGAUAAAGGUUUUGGAUGUGAAUGACAACGCGCCAGAAUUUGCCAUGAUUUACGAGACAUUUGUGUGUGAGAAUGUCAAAGCUGGGCAGCUCAUACAGACUAUCAGUGCCAUCGACACAGACGAUCCUCUUGUGGGUCACAAAUUUGUAUUCAGCUUGAGUUCAAUGAAUCCAAACUUCACCAUCUUUGAUAAUGAAGAUAACACAGCCAGAAUCCUGACCAGAAGAAGUGGAUUUAACAGGCGUGAAAUGAGUGUCUACUAUCUGCCAGUAGUUAUCUCCGACAGCGACUACCCCAUCCAGAGCAGCACCAGCACGUUGACCAUUCGCGUGUGCAGUUGUGACGCCACCGGCAACAUGCGGUCCUGCAGUGUCGACGCGUUGCUGCUCUCUGCUGGUCUCAGUACCGGGGCGCUAGUGGCGAUACUUCUCUGCAUCCUCAUCUUGCUUAUGAUUGUGGUGCUGUUCUCGGCUCUAAAGAAGCAGAGGAGGAAGGAACCCCUGAUUAUCUCCAAAGAGGACGUCAGGGAUAACGUAGUCAGCUACAAUGACGAGGGUGGCGGCGAGGAGGACACGCAGGCCUUUGACAUAGGCACGCUGCGCCACCCGGAGGUGAUCGAAAGCAACAAGCUGCGGCGCGACAUCAUCCCCGAAAUGCUGUUUCCCUACCACAGACCUUCACCCAUGAAGGAGUGCGCGGAUGUCAGAGACUUCAUUAUUAGCAGACUGCAAGAAAAUGACACAGACCCUUUCGCGCCUCCCUAUGACUCUCUCGCCACUUAUGCUUAUGAGGGCAAUGGAUCAAUCGCUGAGUCACUGAGCUCUCUGGAGUCCUCUGUGACUGAGGCAGACCAUGAAUAUGAUUACCUCUCUAACUGGGGCCCACAGUUUAAAAAGCUCGCUGACAUGUACAUCGGGAAGGAUACGGGAGUUGCCAACUAGGCUGCCGUUCAAAGACAUUCACAUUCUUUGUAUGUACGCGCGGAUCUCACUCUGCGCUCUGAGGCAUAACUUGAAAGAACGAAAAAAGGAUAUUUCACAAGUCCUCUUUCUUUUGUUUUCUACCAACACAAGCUGAAUUUCACUUUUAUGAUGGAUUUUUCGUGGACGGUGUUGUGGUAAGGUGAUUUUGUGUUAAUAGGAGAAGUGAUGGUGAUUUUGUUUUUGUUCUUUAGGGAAAAAAAAAAAAUCUUGACUGAGGUGUAAAACGAAUGGAUGAUUUUGUGACUUCAAAUACAUGGACAGUGAGAAGACUGCCUUUGUCUUAUAACAGAUUGUAAAGAACUCUUCCCUGUUCCCUGUACACUGCAUCACAAAUCACGUUUGCUUCAUUCUUGGUUCAGUGUCGUACAUAAUUGACAAAAUAUGAACUAGGUUUUUUAAAAUUUUACAAAUGCUGGUUUUUGCUCCCCUAAAACAGUUAAAAGCAUUUCUCCAAAUUAGUUUCUUUCUUUGUUGAAACACAAAAGGAGAAAUUCUAAGUCUUUUUCUUUUUUUUUUUUAAUUCAGUAACAGUGAAUCAGAAUUGAAGCCUUCAAGCUUAAAAAUGCAAAAACAUUAUAAAAAUAUCAUAAAAGUGCUCCAUAGAACUGAACUAUAUUUCAUUUUUUUUCAAAGUCUUUGAUAACUUUGUGUGAGCACAAAUUUGAGUCAGGCUUUAAGAAUUUGAAUCAGUCACUUUUUUUUUCAGUGAAUUGGUUGACUCACUUCACAAAAUUGGUUUAAACCAGUCAUUUACAGAUUAGAUCGAUCCGUUUCCCAAAGUCUACUCAAUGGCACAAUGAAGAAAAGAUUAUUUGUUAAUAGUGUUUACAAUGUGGUGUCUAUCUCACACAAAGCUAUUGUUUGACCGUGUCCGAAUAAUGAAUCCGUUUUCGGAAAGGCACAGAAAACGAAUAAGGGGCCGUUCACAUAUCGCGUCUAUUGCGCACUCAAGUUCAUUAUUUUAAAUGUAGGAGCAUGGCAGCCGCGCUCAUAACGGAAACAACGUGGUCGCAGCGUGCUCGGUUUUUCGAAUCGAGAUAAAGGCUGCGUUUACACUAGUGCGUUUUCGUUUUAAAACGCAUAACUGUCGUUUACACUACUCCGGCGUUUUCAACCAUCGAAAACGGAGACUUUUGAAAAUGCUGCAGACCCCGUUUUAGUUUGAAAACUCCGGGGCUGCAUUUCAUUGUAAAUGGACUAAAACUGAGACUUUUGAAAACGAUGGCGUGGCUGCCCACAUUCGAUCUGCGUAUCCUUGAUGACCGUAUAAACAAUAACAUCAUGUUUAUUGUUGUACCCAUAGAUUUCAGCAAAUGGAUGAAUUAGACGCUUCCGCCAUAGGGCAUCUACCUAUACAUAUCUAUGACUGUACCUGCGGCAAUGGCCAUGUGACAUGGGUGAAAAAGGUUGGGCGUUCCUUAACUUUAUUUAAAUCUCGAGUACAAAACGCCAAGUGACAACCAAACGCUGUGAAAAGUAGGCAAGGCAAAAUUUUAACAUAUUUUUCCAAGUGUUUGCGGAACUGGUGGAUUACAGAGCUGACAUCACAUAUCAUUGAACAAGUCAUGCAAAAGUAAAUGCACUUUGCAUGCUUUCAUUAUAUGCUAUGGUGCCCUAGAUGACACCAAUAAAGUGUUUAGUUUGCGAACCGCUGUUAAAAGAAGAACAUGAAACAUAGACAGGGUGUAAACAUUGUUUUCAGAAGUGGCUCUGCCCUAAAUUUGACACGUUCCAAAGCAGUGGCGUUGUAGCAUUGUCGGCGACACUGAGCAUGGAUUUGACACUGUAGUUGAAACGCACUGUGCUGGAAAUCCGUUUCACUGGAGAUAAAUGGUUAGCCGCUUGCUAGCGAUAGCCUGUUACAUUACAGAACAUAAUAUUUUACUUGCCACAUAGAGAGAGUAAGGAGAGAUGGCUGAUAGGACAAUGGCGAAUGACUUGCUGACAAACAUCUAAUCUUGUAAAUCGUUUGGUAAGUACUGCCACUCCGUAGUAAACAGAGUAUGUGUAAAUGCGAAAGUGAAAGUAAAAAAAAACAUUGAACAGAGAUUUAAGUGCCCCUCAUAUUAAUAGCGGCUCCCUGAUGACCGCAAUUUAUAAACAAUAUAAUUACCCAAAUAUAUAAUUGUAAGAGGAAGCACUCAAAUAUAUGUUUUCCUUCCGUCACGUAUUUAGGGGUUCUGUAGCACACGCCAUUUCCGUUCUGAACUGGGUAUUCGGGCACAUCCCACACACAAGUUAUGUAAGUCUUAAGAAUUUAUGUUCUACACAAGAAAGCAAGUCUUGCAGUUGGGACCGAUGUGAUGGGGAGUUAAGAAACAGAAUGUUCAGUUUUGGCUGAACUGUCUCUUUAACAGGACUUUACAUAGAGGAAUUUUCAGUUAUAUUUUCUACAUUUAAAUGUAAGUGGAGAAAUGUUUCAUCACAGACUCGGCCUCUCUACACAUCUUGUGAAGUGCUCCCUUGUUGAAACAUAAUUGCAGCAUUAUCAUUACAGCACUGAAAGCUUACAGAGGAACAGGGGAGUAAUUCUACAUCUGUAUGAGAUGUAGUUCAAUUCAACUUCAUUUGCUUGUGUGAAGUUUGCUUAAUUUGCGAAACUGCAGAUUACACUGAAAUCAAACAGAAGUGUCAGGAGGAAUGCUGCAGUACACUGAGCUUGUGUGAAUGAAUGUUGUCAAAGUGUUUUAUAUUCACAUUUUUU